AUGACGCAACUCAAGCUUGCUCAAUCGACUCCACCAUCACUUCCGCCCCCAAGGCAAACUGGGCUGACAUGGUCCGACUUCCAAUUCGGAAACGAUGUAGGCAGCCUCCCCACUUCGCCAGACAUACAUCGAGAACGAAACGUUUCUCUGGAACAGACAAUCAGCAAACUACGUAGAGAGCGUUUCCGCUUCACAAAGUCAGUACCCAACGAUCUCAACAGCAAGAUAUGCUGUCCUCGCGACCGCGGCGCUGUUCUCGACAUCUACGCAGAAGCUCUAAGCAAAAUUACUCCCGAGAAUCACCGACAAAUCUACGCAGAGGCAAAGCUGAAAAUAAAGACGGUGCUAGGCAUCUCUAAAGCUGGGCCUAGAAAUGAAGUUUUUAAAAGGACGCUGCUGGCGCCGAUUGAGCCGCUGUACGCCAUGCCGCGUAUUGAGUUUCGCAUGGACAAGUUUGGUCAUCGUGCGGCUACCAGGCUACAGGAGUGGAGGGAGGAUGGGUGGCCUGACCAGUACCCGGAGAAUGCGGUUAAGAAGGAGAGGGCUAGAAAGGGCAAGUUGAAGGGGUGGGUAGAUGAAAAUUGGCAGGAUGAGUGGGUUGAAGAGAGGGAUGAGGAGAAGCGGGACAACAGCGAUGAAAUCUGA